UCGCAAUUCCGUUUGAGCCCGAGUGCCUUUUUCAACCUUCACUUGAGCCACUGUAGGGGCACCUUCAAGUAGGUCCGCGCGCUGGCAGCGGAUUGAUCAACACACAAUACUAAUAUUUAUACAUACAUACAUACAGGCAUUAUGUCUCUUCUUAAUAUUAGUAGACUGGCUCAUAGGCUUCUUUGUUCAAAGAAUGCAGCAGGUGUUGCUGUGAUUGCCAGAAAUGUUAGUGCAUCCACAAACUUGAAAGAUGUCCUGGCAGAUCUCAUUCCCAAAGAACAGUCUAGAAUCAAGAACUUCAAGCAGCAGUAUGGCAAAACCAACAUUGGCCAAAUCACUGUGGAUAUGGUUUAUGGAGGGAUGAGGGGUAUGAAAGGUCUAGUAUAUGAAACUUCUGUGCUUGAUCCUGAUGAGGGAAUUCGUUUUCGCGGCUACAGCAUUCCAGAGUGUCAGCAGCUGUUGCCAAAGGCUGCAGGAGGUGAGGAACCACUGCCUGAGGGUCUAUUCUGGCUGCUGGUCACAGGCCAGGUGCCCACUGAGGAACAGGCAAAAUGGUUGUCGAAAGAGUGGGCCAAGAGGGCAGCCCUCCCCUCACAUGUGGUCACAAUGUUGGAUAACUUUCCAACCAACCUGCACCCUAUGUCUCAGUUUAGUGCUGCUAUCACUGCUCUGAAUAGUGAAAGCAGCUUUGCCCGAGCCUAUUCCGAGGGAGUCCAGAAGAGCAAGUACUGGGAGUUUGUAUACGAGGACGCCAUGGAUUUGAUUGCCAAGCUUCCCUGUGUGGCGGCUAAGAUCUACCGCAACCUGUACCGGGAGGGCAGCAGCAUUGGAGCCAUUGAUCCUGUCCUAGAUUGGUCUCACAAUUUCACCAACAUGUUGGGCUACACCGAUCCCCAGUUUACUGAGCUCAUGAGACUGUAUCUCACCAUCCACAGUGACCACGAAGGUGGUAAUGUCAGUGCCCACACCAGUCACCUGGUGGGUAGUGCCCUGUCUGACCCUUAUCUUGCCUUCAGCGCAGCUAUGAAUGGCUUGGCUGGACCCCUGCAUGGACUCGCUAACCAGGAGGUGCUUGUGUGGCUAACAGCCCUCCAGAAAGAGCUUGGUGGCGAAGUGUCUGAUGAAAAGAUGAGAGAUUACAUCUGGAAUACACUAAAAUCUGGCAGGGUGGUGCCUGGUUAUGGGCAUGCUGUCUUGAGAAAGACAGACCCACGCUACACAUGCCAGCAAGAGUUUGCCUUGAAACACCUUCCCAAUGAUCCCAUGUUUAAGUUGGUGGCUCAGCUCUAUAAGAUCGUGCCCAAUGUACUGCUGGAGCAGGGCAAGGCCAAGAACCCUUGGCCCAAUGUUGAUGCCCACAGUGGAGUACUACUGCAGUAUUACAGCAUGACUGAGAUGAACUACUACACUGUGCUGUUUGGAGUAUCUCGGGCCCUGGGUGUACUGGCUCAGCUGAUUUGGAGCAGAGCACUGGGCUUCCCUCUGGAGCGUCCCAAGUCCAUGAGCACAGAUGGCCUUAUGGCCCUCAUAGGGGCCAAGUCGGGCUAGGGAGAGCAGGCCAGUAUAGCUGAGGAGAUGGGAUGCAGAAGGUUUAGUUGUGAAAUAAUUCUUUGGACUAAAGAGUUUAAAGAUAAAUUCUACUUAAAUUAAAAAGGGCCGUUGUUCAAUACCACUCUUGUUAAAUCUUGAGACAUUUUACAGAUUUAGUCAAAGUACUUGUGACGGAGUUUUCCUCUUAUUACAUAUCCUAUACCAAUUCUGAUUUUACUUAUUUUUGCCCCGGUAGGUUAAGAUACAUAAAAUAAUGAAAGGUGCUGAUGAGCAGUAAUUAUUUAGUGAGACACUUGAUCUGUGUGUAAAUAUAACAUUUACUGGAAUAAACAGACAGUUUUCCCAAUAAAGAAACAGUUUUUUUCCCCCCACAGCCUUUGUAGCAAAACCUUUUAGUAUUUUCCCUUUUAAAAUAAUUUCUCAUGCCUUACCUGUUUAGUAAUGGAAGAAAACGUACAUUACCCUUCUGAAACCUUAUUCAUUGAAAUGGUAUGACCAAGCAUCCUUCUUCCAGGUUAAAUAUCACUAAUUUCUCCCAGCAGUAGCACACAAACUACAAAAUGGUAUUUUCUAAAUUUAACAUAAAUUCAAGGGUUUACCAUUUCAGCUGUGAACACUGGGCAGAUUUUUCAAAAGCUGAAUGUGAUGCUACAGAUUUACAGCUUUAUAAUAGAUUGGUGUCAUUAGCUUGUAGACUUUCAUUAAUAUUAGUGUUAUUGUCCAAGAGCAUACUGAAACGGCAGUCAGAGCAGCCAGUGCUUACACUUUGCUGAACCCAAAAAUGUUUUAAUUUUUUUAGUAUAAAAAGAAAUGCUUGCUAGACGCUUUCAUUUUUAGGUCUGGCAAACCACCAGUCAUCUUUUGUGUUGAGUUCUUUUGGAUUUCUAAAUUGUAUAAAAAAUAACGGAGUACAUAAUUUUUGAUUUUAUUUAUGUUUUGUAAAUACAUAUAUUUAAAUAUAUGUAAAUACAUGCAUUAAAAGUUGUAGUUGUCAGUGAGUCUUAUCUCAUGCAUAGGGUUGUUUUUCACUGGGAUGGCGCAGGCUGGUGCUGAUUUUGUUUCAUGUUUGCUUGAAGACAUUCAGUAGUUGAAAUUCUAUUGCACUGUCAACUGACAGGUCUGUAAACACUCCACAUAUUAACCAGAAUACUUAUUUUCAGUCAUUUUCCCUUUCUUUAUAGGUUUUCACAAAUCCAGAGGUUUUAUAAACAAGUAUUCAAUGCUCUACACCCCCCCCCCCCCCCCCCCCCCAGUUGUUCUCUGUCUUGAUCACUGUAUUGGAGAGGACAUGAAUUACUCAAAGUAACUAAUGAGCAAAGUACACAGAAUGGGGAUGUUGGUUGAAUGAAAAACCUAUGCUUCGUUAAACAAAUGGGGUGCUGUUGCAGGGGCAAUAAAGGUUUUUAACAAAA